ACUGUGUACAUGCAGGGAGAUUCUGUGGAGGUGAAGUUCUUAGUGGAAGGCAAAUUCAGUCCCAGCUGGGACAACCUCAGAAAAGCGUUUGGGAAUUAUUUCGUCCUGGAUUUAUUCUUGGAUCUCCCCAAAAGAACCAGAACUAUAAGCUUUCUAUUUAUUUGUCUCAACUAAGAAACAGUUAAUAAAUUCAUAUUCGGCGGUUUCCAGACAAAUGUAAUCUUUGAGCAAUUUAGUCAGAGACAGUUAAUUAUACAUCUGUCACACGUGCGUGCGUAAAGUGGAUGUCUGAGCGCACACGCAGCACAUCACUGCGGGAACAACUGUUACCAGACGCAUUAUGUGGAGUGGCAGAAAGGGCUAUGGACGGUUUAUUGAACUAUUCCCAGAAUCCCUCGUGGUUUUCUUUUAUCUCUUUUACGACAAAUCACACCUGAAAAUGAGAAGCGUUGAAAACUAUCGGUGAUUUGUUAAUUAUUAGUCUGCAUUUGGACUCUUUCUGUUGUUGCUGUUUCGCUCGGAUAUGGCUCGUUUCUGGAUCCAAUAAGAGGAUUUUACAGCGUCAGACGCUUGUGUGGCUGGGGGGAACCAGUGGAGGGACUCCCAAACUUGUGCUGCGCUGCACAACACUGUCUCUUUUCGAACAGAAGCUGCCACAGCUUGAGCAAAAGAAAAGAGAGCGCCAUGGCGAACUUCCUCAUACUGAUGCUCAGCUGGGCUGUGAGCUCUCAGGUAGCGAGAGCUCAGAAUGACACUGAACCGAUCGUUCUGGAAGGUAAAUGCCUCGUGGUGUGCGACUCCAACCCGGCCACGGACUGGAGGGCUUCAUCCUCUCCGCUCGGCAUCUCAGUGCGCGCAGCCAACUCCAAGGUGGCUUUCUCUGCAGUCCGGAGCAACAACCACGAGCCAUCAGAGAUGAGCAACAAAACAAGAAUAAUCUACUUCGAUCAGGUGCUGGUGAAUAUAGGAAACUACUUCACAUUUGAAUCAGUGUUUUUGUCCCCAAGAAAAGGAGUCUACAGUUUUAACUUCCAUGUGAUUAAAGUGUACCAGAGCCAAACCAUACAGGUGAACUUGAUGUUGAAUGGGAAGCCAGUCAUCUCUGCAUUUGCAGGCGACAAAGAUGUGACUCGCGAGGCUGCCACCAACGGAGUUCUGCUUUAUCUGGAAAAGGAGGACAAAGUCUACCUAAAGCUGGAGAAGGGAAAUUUAGUUGGUGGAUGGCAAUACUCAACAUUCUCUGGCUUUCUUGUGUUCCCUCUGUAAAAUAAGAAAAAAAGAAAAAGGAAAACAGACAACUGUAUGCUUACUGACUUCUUCAUAACAUGUCGUCAAAGUAUAAUCAAAACAUUGCUGCUGCUGCUGGAUUUCGCCCAGUGGCUGAAAAACGAUAGAUUGAAAUGAAUCACAGCAAAGAGAGGAAGAAAGGCUUCGGAGACUGGUUGUGUUCUGAAGGUCAGGAUGUCCAAAUGAAGGAGACUUGAAAUGUUCCCCAUUGCUGCCAUAUGUUCUUGUCACUCAAGCAGCCCCACAGAGGAACGCUAACAGAUCCCAGAAGAACCCUUCAGAUUUCUUUUUAAUGACAACUGUUGCAUUGAUCUCCUUUUGGGUGCAAACAGUAUUAGCCUGUGCAAUCUGUGUUACUUACCACCAAUAUAUGCCAUCGCUAAGCACUGACCACUCCUGGAGUUGGUCAAAUAAGGAGGGCAGUAUUGUGUACAGGAGAAAUUUAUUAUUUACAUUAUUAAUCCUGAUUGGAAAAUUCAGCUCUGCUUUUAACCCAUCUCCACAUGUACUGGAGAGCAGCAGUUCACCUCAGUUGGCACGCCAGGGAUUCAAACCCAGGUUUUCCAGAUUCAAUCACACCUCUGUAGCCACUAGGCUACCACUCCCCCAUUCAAUAAUCAUUUCCUGGCUAGGCAUUUGAGGAUCAGAGGUAUGGCUAAAUGGCUGAAUGAGGUAUAAAGGGCUUUGGGGUUCACACGUGAUAUGUCACUUUAGCAAAGUUCAAACUACAAGAUUUUAUAAUUCAGAUAAAUUUCAUACUUUGCUGUUUAACUCAUAUUCAGGAUUUUAAAGUCCUUAUGAGGUCACACUAAUCAGGUGAUUGGUUGGUAGAGGGAGUCGAGCACUGCAAGUUUUUUUCACCACUGAUUCGUCUUACUGAUCCAUAUCAAAUGGUUCUUGUAAUUCAUUCAUUCAUUCAAAUGAAACAGUUUGUUACUGAAGCGGUUUGGAAAUAUAAAAGGGCACAUGUAGGUUCUUGUAGGUUCUUGUAGGUUCCUGAGCGGGCCUUAGUUUCUUUGCCAUCCUUAUCGUAGCGUUUGUUGUUGCCUGUUUGUUGUGUCCCUUCGGGUAUCCCACCUCUUGUGCCCCCCUGAGAUUACCUCCAGCAGUCUUACUGGCUGUAGCUCCUCACUGACAGCUCACUUACAUGGACACAAAAUUAUAGGAAAAAAAACUAUAUAUGUUUAAGAAGUAUAACUAAAGAUCUCAAACUGAUCACAAAGAGACAAAAAGAGCAACCACACUAUCUGAGAUCUGUGUCAUAUCCAUCUGUGAUCCAAUCUCAUGUUUUAUCAUCUGCUGACUCUGAUACUUUACUUUUGUUUGUUUUGUAACCUCUGUGUACUUGGAUAAGAAUUGACCAGUCACCUUCGGUAGACUUUGGUAGCAUGCACGCAAACAUUAUAUGGAGAUGAAAAGAGAUAUAGGAGACAUUUGCUGAAAUACUUGAAUCUUGAAUCUGUUGUCUAUAAUAUGAAGACAAUUUUGCUGUUUGAUAACCCCUUAGGAUUUGUCUGCCUUCAAACAAUCCCCUGAAGAGAUAUUCUUAGCUCAGAUAUCUUUUGUUUGGAUAUCUCUUGGCAACACUUGAGGUACAGAGACAUAGUAUUGGCAGGCUAAUGAACAGGAAAGUGUUAAUAAGUUCACCAUCUCAACUUAUCAGAAAGUCUCAGUUUUCUGUUUAAGGUGUUUUUGAUGCCUUGUGGUGGUUAAAAAAAAGCAAAAUUUGGCAUUUUCAAGGAAAGAAUAUGUUUUUGGAUGAUCAAUAACCACAUCAGCUUUAACAUGAGUGCCUCAACAUUACCAUGGAUGGUGUUAAGGAAGCUGUAGAUGCUGCAACGUCAGAUGAUAUCGUACUGAAAGAGAAGAUAUUUAAGUUAAACAAAAAAUUACAGAAUUUGCACAUUGAUGGAUACAUUGAUUUAAAAAAUGUGUUUUUAGUUCAGUAAUUCACAAUUCAGGCAGAGCUGCAUUUCCUCUAAAGU